CACCAACCCCAUAUACCAUUCCACUCAGCUUCUUCGUCGCUCGUGAAGCCCUUCCGCCAUCAUCCCCACUCACAUCCACGUUGGGGUCCGCAUCUCAUCUCACAUGACGUCCCACCCUCAUUAGCAACCUCUGGUCGCUCGACUCCAACUCCCGCCAUGGCAAACCCCGUUGCGCUCGCUGCCACCCAGGCCGCCGACGCCGCCGCAGCCGUGUGCAGUAAUCUGUAUCAUGUCGUGAGGUUUGCGCAGCCCGCCGCUGACAAUGCUGAUAUACCCGACAAAAUCAGCACCGUAGCCCAUUCUCUGGACACCAUGGCCAAAUUCUUCGUCGCUCAACCCGGCACCUCCGUCUUCUCGGAGCAUGCGGUCCAGGAUGCAAAUGAUUUGAUUGCGCGCUGCGACGCCAUUUUCACUGAACUCCGGCAAUUGAUCGAGAAGAGGUGGUACGAGGGCCGAGGUAGUCAGAAGGAUUCGGCUGCGCCAGAUCCUGAGUUGACGUGGCCCAUCAGUGAGCAGAGUACUGGACUGUUGAGGCACCGCCUUGUGAACGUCGAGGAUAGCCUGGCGUUGAUGUUGCACAUUCUGCAUUUCGCCAACGUGCAGGCCCAAGGCGAUCUGCCUGAGCGUGACCGCGAGGAAGAGCGCAACAAGGUUCGCGAACUGCAUUUGCGCCAGCAAAACUCACUGGAAGCUCUAAAAGCUUUUGAGAGCAAGCUUAACAACAAUUACCCUUCGGAUGGUGAAGCCUUCCAAACCUCGAGUAUUCCGUCGCGUGUUCCCACGAUUGACUUCAUUGUCAAUACGCAAGGACCGAGUCGGACCCCACCUGCCGCGGGAUCAAUGUUCCGGAGAGCUACAGCCACCACUGUCGAUCACUUCUCGCAACAUUCGCUAGCUUCUGAUAGCGACGAUACUGUCACCGACGACGACGAGGACGACGACGAAGAGGGAGAGAGAUCUUUCACCCAGGACGAGCUUGCCCAGUGCGCCGCCCAUGUUCAGGAGCUACUGAAAGGUAUUGGCAGUCUACAAAAUACCUACAAUGUCCAAACCGGAGGAAAAGCCAGGUAUUGCCCCAGAUUUAGAGUUCACAAGCUCUAUAAGCGAUUCCGCCGAAGAUUUGAAUCCGAAAUGUCCGACCAGAAAUCAAACACUGCCACCUCCGCUGUUCCCUUUCCUGGAUUUCAACCACCCCAGACCUCCCAUAAUGACUUAGCCUCCCCAAGGUCUCAGAUGGCAGCUCCCGACCUCCGAUCAAAUAGUGUAUACUCGUUUGAAAGUCCCAACCGCACUCUUGCGCCAGUGCAGGAGCUUCGUCGCACGCAAUCUGUUGGAACUCAAUCCCAAUAUGCCAACCAACUAUUGAGCAGGCCUACACACAAUGGCCUACCUUCGAAUAGCAGAGAUGAACGGGCUCUGCACCCCCACUUUCGUACCUCUGAUACUAACCCUUCCACAUCCACCAUGAACAUUUCGCAUGUACAAAAUGAAAUAACCUCCCGGGAAAGCUCAAAGGAAGGAAGCCAAAGCGGUGGCGAUCGAGACGGAGAAUCAAUAUCUGGACGCUCAGCACCUAUACACUAUACAAAGACAGGCCGAAUUUCGAAAGCGAAGAAGGGCCUCAAAGUCCAUACUUGCAGCGAGUGUGGAAAGUCAUUCACACGGGCUGAGCAUCUCAGACGGCACCAGAAAAAUCAUGGUCCAGAUCAGGUUACAUGCGACUUAUGUGGGAAAGUCUUUUUCCGGGUCGACCUACUCAUGCGACAUAUAGAGAGACACAAAGACGGACCGCACCCCGCCUCUACAAAUCAGCCCCUAGCUCCUUCUCGGGAGAACUUUGACGAUCAUAGAUCAGCUAUAUAUCCGGCACGUCAAUCAGCUGACAUGAAUUCCGUGGAACCAUCGCAAGCUUGGCGCUAUGCGUGGGAAGAGCGGGACCGGGGAUAUAUGCAUACGCCCAAAAGAGUCUUAUCAGGUGGAGACGAGCGCAAUUUGAUACACGAAUCUGCACCUCAACCGCGAACUUUACACAGUGCAGCAUCACCAUCCAACCCUGCUCGUGUACAAUCUACUACCUACGAUGAUACAGGCCGUGAAUCCGGAUGGCAAAACCCCAACAAGCGGAGACGCACGGAAGGUGAUAUUCAUCGUGCGCCUUACAGUCCCCUGCACUCACCACCUAGCCCCUGGAUCAAGGAGCAUAGAAAACUGCCUCCUUUACCGUCACCCUUGCAAGCUACAUACAAUCAAAGUCCCUAUAGCGGGCCAAGCGAUAACGUCAAAGCACUUCGGUCGAUAUCGCCAUCAACAGGUCCGACCUGGACACACGUCAACUCUCCGCAGAAUUCCACACCUAGGAAUAGCAUUUCGCAAUCAAUACAACCUGCGCAGUCUUAUGACGACUCUAGGAAACUUGCCAACUCCCAAUCCUCGAUGACUGACAACACGACACGAAGACGGCCGAGUGCUCAUAACGUUUCUGCUACAACUUUAACCUCCUCAUCUAAACCCGGAUCUCUACAAGAAACCAACCACGAAUCACCAAAGCACCGCCCAAUCCCUGUUUCAAAGUCACAAUCGACCUCACCCACCACAAACCCAGCACCCCGCAUCUAUCCCAACCCAUUCCGCCCACAUCAACGUCAAGUCAGGCUUGAAACGGAUAGCGAAACGGGUUCCAGGAAGCGAAAACCAGAAGACAACAGCGUAGACGGUCAGCAACAGCAGCAACGAUCCUCCAUGUACACUCGCCAUGCUCCGACGCCGCCAAGAGCCGAUGGUGCCGGACCGCCAAAUCCCGACCGCAGAGACGCCUCGUCGUCGUCUUACACAGCCAAGGACCGUCAUGCCACGCCCGAACGGAGGAAUCCGGAAAGUGAGGGCAAAAAGAAGGAUGUUAUGGAUAAGCUUCUGGAUCAUUAUACUGUGCCUAGUGGGGGAAUUACUUCGUAA